ACAACAACAAAUCCUCUCGUUUUUGUUUUUGAAACCUCGCUAUAUUUUUUUAGUCCAAACCACCUGAAGGUGUGAGGGUGAGGGACAGACAGGAAAGCGGGGAGGACGAAGGGGAGGAAAGAGAGACGGAGAGAGGGAGAGUGGAGAGGCGCUGAGUCCCGAGGCAGCAGGAAGGGUGCAGGCACUGCCGCUGAGAGGAGAUCGAGAGACAGGGGGUGCACUUGACAACCAGCAUGCAGAGAUGUCAGAAGAGGCAGAAGUGGAUGUGAGAGACAGACACACACAGAGACACAGAGAGCGAAAGAGGGCAAGAGACUUGACUUUAAGAGACUCCUGCACUGACAACUCCAUGCAGUUCGGAACAAGAACGGCAGCGACCGACUCUGGUUUCAUGGGGACAUGGCAGAACACUGACACUAACCUCCUGUUCAGAAUGUCCCAACAGGCCAUCCGCUGUACACUGGUAAAUUGCACGUGUGAAUGUUUUCAGCCAGGGAAGAUUAACCUGAGAACCUGUGAUCAGUGUAAACAUGGCUGGGUGGCACAUGCCUUGGACAAGCUUAGUACUCAGCACCUCUACCACCCAACCCAAGUGGAGAUCGUGCAGUCCAACGUUGUGUUUGACAUCAGCAGCCUGAUGCUUUAUGGUACCCAGGCUGUUCCAGUUAGACUGAAGAUACUACUUGACCGACUCUUCAGUGUACUGAAGCAAGAGGAGGUGUUGCAUAUUCUACAUGGCUUAGGAUGGACACUUCGAGACUAUGUUCGAGGCUACAUUCUUCAGGAUGCUGCAGGCAAGGUGCUGGACCGCUGGGCCAUAAUGUCCAGGGAAGAAGAGAUCAUUACCCUUCAGCAGUUCCUGAGAUUUGGAGAAACCAAAUCCAUUGUGGAGCUGAUGGCAAUUCAAGAAAAAGAAGGGCAGGCUGUGGCUGUGCCAUCUUCAAAGACAGAUUCAGAUAUAAGGACUUUUAUUGAAAGCAAUAAUCGCACCAGGAGCCCAAGUCUCCUUGCUCACCUGGAGAAUAGCAACCCUUCCAGCAUUCAUCAUUUUGAAAACAUCCCGAAUAGUCUUGCAUUCCUGCUACCAUUCCAAUACAUAAAUCCAGUCUCUGCUCCACUGUUGGGGCUGCCUCCAAAUGGCCUCCUGCUGGAACAGCCAGCAAUGAGGCUCCGUGAGCCGAGCCUUACAGCUCAAAAUGAAUAUAAUGAGAGCAGUGAAUCUGAAGUUUCACCCACGCCUUUCAAGAAUGAGCAGACGUCCAGCAGGAAUGCUUUGACCAGCAUCACAAAUGUUGAACCCAAAACUGAGCCACCCUGUGUCUCUCCUGUUCAGACACCUACGCCUGUCAAUGAUUUAUCGAAAACAGAACAUACUAAAAGUUCAUUCCGCAUUCACAGAAUGAGGAGAAUGGGGUCUGCCUCUAGAAAAGGAAGAGUGUUUUGUAAUGCGUGUGGCAAAACUUUCUAUGACAAAGGUACACUUAAAAUCCACUACAAUGCCGUUCACCUGAAAAUCAAGCACCGGUGCACUAUUGAGGGCUGCAACAUGGUCUUCAGCUCUCUCAGAAGCCGCAAUCGUCACAGUGCUAACCCUAACCCCCGCCUCCACAUGCCUAUGCUAAGAAAUAACCGAGACAAAGAUCUAAUUCGUGCUACAUCAGGUGCUGCCACCCCAGUCAUAGCAAGUACAAAAUCCAACCUAACUUUAACAAGCCCUGGGCGUCCCCCAAUGGGAUUUACCACUCCUCCUCUAGAUCCUGUAUUACAGAAUCCUCUUCCCAGUCAGCUGGUGUUUCCAGCUUUAAAGACUGUUCAACCCGUUCCUCCUUUUUACAGAAAUUUACUUACUCCUGGAGAAAUGGUGAGUCCUCCAACCUCCCUUCCUACCAGUCCAAUAAUACCAGCAGCGAGUGGCAUGGAGCAGCAUCCCCCUCCUCCUACAGAGUCAUCAGUACCAUCAGUGCUGAUGCCCACCUCAGAGCCUAAUGCUGACCUUGCCCCUAAGAAAAAGCCAAGGAAGUCAAGCAUGCCAGUUAAAAUAGAAAAGGAAGUUAUUGAUACUGCCGAUGAAUUUGAUGAUGAAGAUGAAGAGGUGAAUGACAGCAGCACAAUGGUAAAUGACAUUGGUCAUGACAAUCACUGCCAUUCUCAGGAAGAAAUGAGCCCAGGCUUGUCUGUGAAAGACUUUUCCAAAACUGACAGAAGCAGAUGCAUUUCCAGACCAGAUAUAAGAAGAGCAGACAGUAUGACAUCAGAAGACCAGGAGCACGAGAGAGACUAUGAAAAUGAGUCUGAAUCGUCAGAGCCCAAACUGUGUGAAGAAUCCAUGGAAGGUGAUGACCGCCUCCAUGAACCUGUUGAAAAAUCUAUGAUGCACAGUGACAGACCAGAUGAAAACCACAAUGACUCUUCUAACCAGGAUGUUAUUAAGGUGAAGGAAGAGUAUACAGACCCCACAUACGAUAUGUUCUACAUGAGCCAAUAUGGACUGUACAAUGGAGGAAGUGCCAGUAUGGCUGCCCUUCAUGAAAGUUUUGCUUCCACAUUCAACUAUAACAGCCCUCAGAAAUUCUCCCCAGAAGGUGAAAUGUGCUCAAGCCCAGACCCCAAGAUCUGCUAUGUGUGCAAGAAGAGUUUCAAGAGUUCCUACAGUGUGAAGCUUCACUACAGAAAUGUUCAUUUAAAAGAGAUGCAUGUCUGCACGGUGGCUGGCUGUAAUGCUGCGUUCCCAUCACGGAGAAGCAGAGACAGACACAGUGCUAAUAUAAACCUGCACCGUAAACUGUUGACCAAAGAACUGGAUGACAUGGGCCUGGACUCCUCACAGCCUUCUCUUAGUAAGGACCUUCGUGAUGAAUUUUUGGUGAAGAUAUAUGGCGCUCAGCAUCAGAUGGGGCUUGACAUAAGGGAAGACACCUCCUCGCCUGCUGGUACUGAGGAUUCCCAUAUGAAUGGGUACGGCAGGGUCAUGUCAGAAGACUAUAUGGUUCUAGACCUGAGCACCACCUCCAGCAUCCAGUCGAGCAGCAGUAUCCAUUCCUCAAGAGAAUCUGAUGCAGGAAGUGAUGAGGGCAUUCUCCUGGAUGACGUCGAUGGGGCAAGUGACAGCGGGGAAUCUGCCCACAAAGCAGAUGCCCCUGCCUUAGCUGUAGGUAUGGGCACUGAUGUCCCAGGAUCCCUCAUGUUCAACAGUGUUUCGGUGAGCAACGGUGGGAUAAUGUGUAAUAUUUGCCACAAAAUGUACAGCAACAAGGGAACCCUCAGAGUUCACUAUAAAACAGUGCACUUGCGAGAGAUGCACAAAUGCAAAGUCCCUGGGUGCAACAUGAUGUUCUCCUCUGUCCGUAGCCGAAACCGGCACAGUCAGAAUCCCAACCUACAUAAAAACAUUCCCUUCACUUCAGUAGAUUAGUUCAAGGAUGGACACAGCAUAAUGUCAGCUCUCAGAGAGGGCCCACCACAUUUGAACUGCCAUAUACAGCCUCCCUUGAUAUAUAUAUAUAUAUAUAUAUAUAUAAAAAUAUACAUAUAUAUAUAAUCUUUUUCUUUUCUUUUUUUAACAAAAGAAAGAAACACCAGGUGCUUUUUUCCCUUUGUUGGUCGUUGGUUUAUUUUUUUCUUUUUUUGGGGGGGGGAAUAGAAACAAAAAGGUGGGAUCUUUAAUCUAGGGUAAGAUACCCUUCAAGGAAAAAAAAAAAAAAAAAAAAAGCAAACAAAAACAAAAAACAAACCCACAGAAAACUUGCGGUUAUCCCUAGUUCUGUUAGAAUGUUCUUGGUCAUCUCCAAAGAGACAAUUUGUUCUACCCGUGAUUUUCUGAUUUUCACCUGAAAAAAAAAAAAAAAAAAAAAAAAAAAAAAAAAAAAAAAAAAAAAAAAAAAAGCAAAGAAAAAAAAAGAAGAAAAAAUCUACUUAGUUGUCUUUGUGUCUUCUAAGCAUUGGGGAUAACGUUCUACUAAGCAUGGCUGUUACACUUGUAUAUAUAUAUUGAGCCUUGACAGGCCUAUGAUGUAAAACAAUUGUAUUGAUGGUGGUUUAACUCUUUUUUUUUUUUUUUUUUUUUUUUUUUUGGCUUAAUUUUUACAGUUACAUUCAGCUGUUAGAUAAGCAGGAAAAAUAGUUUGCUGGCUAGUUCUACUCAUUUAUGUUAGCUUUAAUGCACAUUUUUAAAAGAACCACGGUCUUGUUUUAACUACCUGCUAGAUAUAAGUAAUACAGAGGUGCUGGCAUGCUUUACAGUACCUGAUCUGAUACCAUUUUUUUGUCUUGUACUAUUACAUAAAUCCAGUCAUGCACUUUUUCGUACACUACGAGGGGAUGUGUAAUAAUAUCCAUGCUUUUUUUUUCUUAAACUAUUGCCAUACUUUCAGUAAGUGUCUUUAAAAAAAUACACUUAGAUAAAAGUGGUCUGGUCAGUAUGAGGGCAUGAAUGCCAAACAAAGAGUAUUAGUGUUUAGUGUUAAUACAAAAGUGCCAACUUUGCACACAUUUUGAAAAAAAGAAAAUGUAGUUACUUAUUCACCAUAACCACAGUUGUAGUUUUUGGACUACAGUAAAAAGUACUGGGGAGAGAAACGGGGUAAAGUGAAAUACAGAAUUCUUGGUGCUUUUUUCAAGUGCCAACUAUUACUAGAAACAAUAGAGCAUCCUCAUUCCGUAUAUAAUACAUAACAUGAAAGAAAAAAACAGAAUUGUGUCACGUGAAUUGGUGUAAACUUUUUUUUUUUGUUGAACAUGCAUAAUAUUUGGGGAUAUAAAUGCUGAUACUACUUGUCACGGAACAAAGAUGAAUAUAAUUUUGUGUGCUUCUUACUAUGGCCUGGAUUUUUUGUGGUGUUUAAAAAAAAAAAAAAAAAAAAAAAAAAGGAACAGGGAAAUAAUGUUAACUAUGUUAACUAUGUUGUUCUGUAAAGUUGUCUUUUUUUGCAAUGGAAAGUUCUGUAGUAUGAUUAAGGCAUGUUUUAUAGAAGCAAUCAAAAGAUGUUCAAGGCAGAAGCACUUAGAAGCUCUGAGAACACAUGCUGGAAUUUUUAUUGGGUAACUUUCCCUUUGGAUAAAUUGCAGAUCAGAAAAAAAGGAUUUCUAGUUGUGUUAAUGUUUUGUGUUUCACCCACAUGGUUUGUCAGAAAAGAAUCAAAGCCCAAGAAAUAGAGCCAGCAAGAGAGAGAGCAAGGGCAGGAAAGGGAGAAGGAGCCAGCCAUUGGGAAAGACAGAGAGAAUGAGAAGCUGUCCUCUGAAUCGUUUUUGUUUCCGGUGUUUACACAUGUUGCUUGAGCUGGUAAACCACACUGGCAGGCUGCAUUACCACAACAUACUGAUUGAGUGAUUGUAUUUACUUACGUUCAGUCUACAGCCAAAACCAUUGUUGUAGACUCUUCUUUACAGAAACACUAGCAAAACAAACAAACAAACCAAAAAAAAAAAGCAAAAACAUAGCAAAACAAAAACUUGCAAAAUAAGGGAUAUUUCAGCAUCCAAUAAAAUAUUUGAUCAUUGAGAAUGUGUUCCUUUUCUGUACUCGCUGACCCAGAAUAUUAGCCCAGAGUCAGAAAUGCUCCUAUGCUUCAGCUUGUGGCUGUUUUUAUUUGUUGUGCAUUUUGAUCAUUCUUAUCUUUAUGUCCACAUCAGUACUUACUCCUGUUACAUUUUUCUAGAGGAACAUCUUAAUAUGGAUUUCCUCUUUUACAGUACUCUUUAUGCAUUUCAGUACUCUUGUUUCCAAAAGCAGCAAUCGAUAGCUAAUAAAUCAGUAUUUUCAGCUGUGGAAGAAGAGAAAAAUCUUUCUAAGUUAAUUCUCACUGUGCUUCUGUGGGUUAUAAGCCUGUGAUCAUUUUUUGAUUCUGUGUACUGGUGAAGUCCAGAAAACUUUUGUGAAUCCCACAGAAACUAUAAUGAAACUUUACCCACUGGUUUAACAAAAAAAAAGUUUAUAGCAAAAGCAAGGCCGUUUCACUAACUGUUUUUCUUUCAUCUUUUUUAUUUUUCCUUGAAGUCUCUACUAUUUUCCCUUGUUAAAUUGAAUCUAGAGAUCUGCUUUGCUUUGUUUUACGUUGUGCAAGCUCAGUGUGUUAGUGACAGAGGAAAAUUAGAACAGUUAAGAUGCAUUCCUCUAAAACACUUGAUCUUUUGUAGGGUUACCUGCACUACACUCCUGUCCCUCCUGCCAGGCUACUAGGAACUAAGACAGAAAGUCUAAAAACCAAUAUGACAAAAAAGUGAAUGAUUUCUACAGGGAAAACAAAACAAAAGAAAACAAACAAACAAACAAAACUGUUUUGAACUAUGUAUGCUAUAAAUAAAUAUUGUUUUUAAUCAAAAUCACUUGAGGUAUAUAAAUAAUUCCUCACUGAAUGGUUCUGCAUUCUCAUUUCAUUCUCUUUCUGUUAGAGGUCAAAUGAUUUUGGAAAAAUUGUUUGGAAAAGUAAAUAUCAUCUGUAGAUAAAUUCAGCAGAUUAUUUACAUAGCAAAAAUUUGUUUAUUACACAAAAUCAAACAACAUUUUUUUUAAAAAAGUAAAAGAGCAGGCACAAACAUUCAAAAACUGCAGUCCUUCUUUUAUGGCAUCCUAAAUUUCAUUCAGAUUAUGCUUAAGCCCUAUGAGGGCAAGUAGGAAUUUUAUUAUGGACAGAAUAUUUCCCUCUGUCAUUUCUAAAUGACUCAAAGUGCUUUUUCAGCGGUACAGACACUAAUGUCAGGUUUUAGGAGGGCACACAAACUAUUAUAUAAUUGAGUGGUAUUUCAGUCCAUCCUAUUUACCAAGCAUCUUCAUGAAAAUCUGUAUUUGUCAGAAGCGUUCCUGUGUUAGAAUUUGUAUUCCCUGAAAUUAUAUGAACAAGGAUGAAGAAAGAGCUGGAUGGUAGAAGUUUGGUUUUACUAAUAAAAUUAACAAAAUAUCUAGCAUUCCUAGGGGAUCUCAGCAGAGAACCACACUGCAACAAGCACGAAGACUAAACUUCUCACUAAUGCAGCACAAGGCAUGACUGUAACGAUGUGAUGAUGACAAGUGUUGGACAGUUGCUUGUGCCAUCAUAAUCCCAUGGCUAGUCCUUCAGUUUUCAAAUUUGCCAGUCCUAUUUUUAUUUUUCUUACAAGAAUUAGAUUGAAUCUGAGGAAUUUGAGUUGUAUAGAGACUCUUCGUUUUACAUGAAAUAGGUUCUUUGUUGUUUGGUUCCUAUAGUUAUUCCUGACAUGGUUUUCACAUUAUUUUACUGUUUUGUUCAUUCAAAAUAGUCGUAUUUUUCUGUAAAUAUAAAACAGGAUUUGUCUUCUUCAAGUAAAUAACUCCACAUACUGAAUCUCUUCUGGAAUCAAAAUUACUUUAUUCUUAAGCAUUUUUUUCUUUCAGAGAGCUUUUCUUUUCCUUUUUCUUUUUUCUUUCUUUUUUUUUUUUUUUCUUUUUUUUUCUUUUUUUUUUUUCUUU